UCAGUGAGCUCUUAUCGCUGUGUCGGUAGGUCCAACAGGCUUCCUUAUACCCCACUGCUAAACUGAUGUUGGGACCGUUUGGUAGCUAAAAACUGACACUUUACUCUACAAAAUGGAAUAUCUGCUCCAGGUGAAAAUAGGCGCUCUGAUCGGGCUGCUGCUCUUAACUCUUUUUUUUGGAUUCAUCCCUGCUCGAGUCCAAUGGUUCAGAGACACACACGGGACAGAGACCCACCGCACUGUUCUGAGUCUGAUCAGCUGUUUUGCCGGAGGAGUUUUUCUGGCAGCAUGUUUGCUCGACAUCAUUCCAGAUUAUUUGUCAGACAUCAACACGGAGCUCGAUAUUCGGGAAGUGGAGACCAACUUUCCCCUUCCAGAGUUCAUCAUUGCAGCCGGCUUCUUCACGGUCCUCAUCCUGGAGAGGAUUGUCCUGAACUGCCGGGAGCUGAGAGGGAGUCACGCAGAGAGGGCACCUCUUAUACCAGACAACAGGGACAGGAACGGCCACGGCCACGGCCACGGCGUGACCACAAGCCCGGAUCUGGAGGGCAGCGGCCACCACGUCCACGCUGACUUUCAGGCUCACUCCCCGUUUCGUUCCUUUAUGCUCUUCCUCUCUCUCUCGCUGCAUUCGGUUUUUGAGGGCCUUGCUAUCGGCCUGCAGAACACAGACUCAAAGGUAUUAGAGAUUUGCAUCGCCAUUCUUGUCCACAAGAGCAUCAUUGUGUUCAGUCUGUCUGUGAAGUUGGUCCAGAGCGCCGUUCGUCCAUUAUGGGUCGUCGCCUACAUCGGAGUGUUCGCCGUGAUGUCACCUUUAGGCAUCGCCAUCGGCAUCAGCGUGGUGGAGGCUCAGCUCACAGCAGGGGCUCUGAUCCAGGCCGUCCUGGAGGGGCUCGCCGCAGGGACGUUUGUUUACAUUACCUUCCUGGAGAUCCUCCCACAUGAGCUCAACUCCCCUGGGAGGCAGCUCCUCAAGGCGCUCUUCAUCCUGCUGGGCUUCAGCAUCAUGGCGGCGUUGACGUUUAUGGGCUGAGACCUAUCGUCAUUUCAGCUGUCAGAUCUGUCGGGACGCUGCUGUAAGGUUCCGCCGGUAUCUGGGUCACGUUCUACCUCAUGUUAAAGAGAAGACGAAUGAGGUUCACUGUGUUCAUUGAGUUUUAAAUGUCAAAGGGAGCAUGACAAUGUGUUUUAUUGCUUUCAGUAUACUCGUGUAACUUUUAGAAUGUUAUGAUGGAGGAGUCCAGACAAUUUUUUAUCACUUCCUGUUAAGAUGAUUUUAUGUCAAGAGGAGCCACUGAUUACAAAGUUGAAUGACUGAGAGGAAAACAGGAGUGAAUUCUCCCACAUAUCACUGACCUUGUUUUGAAACCCACAAACCAAACCGCCUUUCACACUAUUAAGGAAACUACUGGAAACAAAGAUCGGUGUUGUAAAUACAUGAUACCUUGUCAUUAUUUCAUUCUUGUCAAUAUAUCGGUACCUCCAGAUCUUUAAUGUUUACAUAUGAAUCAUGACAAAGACAGAGGGGAAGUUUGACAGCUUCUUGCUUCCAAAAAGCACUGACUGUGCCUUUUUUUUUUCUUUUUGAAAGAUUUUAAUUUGCACUGUUUUAUCUCAACUAUGUAUGCCAGCCUUUAUAAAGUAUUAUAAAUGGCGCUUCCAUUGGCACAUGUUCAUUAGCGUUUACGGCUCAUUACAAAUUGGAUAAUGCUGCAUUUCCUACACUUGUCCAGUCCACAAGUGUAAAUGUUAAGUGUUUGAUGCCUUAUUUUGAUUGUGGACCAAUGCAAAAGUACAACACAAAUAUCUAACUCUUCAUAUGUUCUGGUAAUAUUUUGCUGGACACAGUAAAGCACAUCAAUUCUCCAUCACUUCUUUUGCAGAGAAUUGAAGAGUAUUUGGGAAAACAAUACAUUUUAAUAAGUAUAGUCUUAUCUGUGUUUCAGCCUGCUCCCACUCAGAAGGAACUACUGAGUCUUAUUUGUGCAUGCAGAGCAGUAAACUGUUACGAUUCCUGUUUUUGUCCGUCAUGUGAUGAUCAGAUUGUUUCCUCAUUUUUGGCAAACAGGAAGUAGGAAUAUACGGUUUGAUAAAAGAGAAACUGUCAGCAAAUAAGUUGUUACGGUCAAUUCAAUGUGGGAUUUUUCAAUGUUUCUACAGCUGCUUUUUUUUUUUUUUUUUCAAUAAAUGGUCAUCUUUUGUUUCCUUAAAACAUUAGUGCCGUUUCUGUCUUGUCAGUGUAAAUCUUCACAGCAUCAACCUGCUGGUACUCUAUUGGCUGUGUUUUUGCAAUCAGAGCUGCAUGUAUGACAUUGUGCCUUAUGGUCACUGGUUUCAUGGGAGAGGUGACUUUGUAUGUAAAAUGAAUCAGAGCAAAUAUAUUAAAACACUAAAACUAAGUGCAA